CCUUUACAUUUAUCAACAUGGCACCGAAAGCCAAGAAACCUGCAGCCAGUUAGUGAUUUUUAUUAUUUUUGCUUAUUAACGACUUGAUUUGACAUUAUUUUGAUUUUUUUCAUCAUAUAUUUAAUAUCAUAUGAAAGGAUAACUGUAUUAAAUAUAUCUAUACUUUGAAAUGUGAAUAAAAAAGCCUUACAAUAGUUUUUCUUGCUAGCCAGCCAAUUUUCGAUAAUAUUGAACGCAUGUAAACUAACCUAGGACCUAGCUGUUUCUUUUAAAAAAUUAUUCCUGUUUGGCCUGAGCAGAUUUCAGUUAUUUCUCUGUGUAUUGUCAUGGAGAAAGAUAUUCGUGAAUUUUAUUUUGUCUUUAAAGCCUAGGGUCAAUUCAUUACGUCGGGUAAAAUUUAGGAGGGAUGCCAAGGCGUCUUUUGUGUGUUAAUUAUUUAUAGUUGCAGUGGAUUAGGCAGUAAUUUAGGGUUUAGGUUAGGUUGAGGAAUCGAUUUAGGGUUCAGGUUAGGCAUAGGGAUCGAUUUAUGGUUCAGGUUAGGCAUAGGGAUCGAUUUAGGGAUACAUUUGUUAAAUUCGAUAAAAUAGUGGCAUUCCUAUUAAAAAUUUACCCAAUAUUCACACUGUCAUUCUACAAAGCCCAAGGUUCCCUUUUCUAAACUUUUCAGCCAAUUUUGAAAUUGACCUGAGCAUUUUUUUAAAUUGCAGAGCCUGCAGCUAAAGAAGAAAAGAAGCCUGCUGCUAAAGAGGAAAAGAAACCUGCAGCAAAAGACGUUAGCAAAAAACCUGCAGCAAAGAAACCUGAAGUCAAGAAGUCGGCAGCACCUCCGAAAGUUGUCGCUGGUGUGGUCAAAGCUAAAGAAAAGGCAUUAAAAGCUAAAAAGGCAGUAGUCCGUGGCAAACAUGAUAAAAAGAGUCGUAAAAUAAGAACAUCUGUUCAUUUUCGUCGGCCGAAAACCUUGAACCUACAAAGGGCCCCUAAAUAUCCCCGCAAGAGUGUCAACAAAACUAACAAGUAAGUAAAACAAACUUUGCAACUCGCUUCAAUUAGCAUUUUUUUUUUUCUUCGCUGCUGCUAUUUUAUACAUAACUUUGGGCUUGGGAACAAAAGGGAGAUUACUGCUUAACAUGUUUUGAAAAUUAGAAUGAAUUUAGAUUUAAAUCUGAAUAUUUGAGGUUUAAAAACCUGGUAGUCCAUAUUAUAAUAAAUUAACACAAUUUUCAGUGUGCAAAGUCUCAGAAUUUUCUUUCAUUCAUACAAGUUUGCCGUGUUCAAAUUGAUCUUCUGAGUAGGGCAGACCUCUCCCCCACUUUAAAUACCAAAAUAAGAAGCAACGAAAUCCUCAGAGGGUCUUUUUAGGAUACCUUGUACUAGUAAUUUUAACUGACAUUUUCUUUUAAACCAUCACUUAGGUCCUGUAUUGUCACAUUUCUUUUCAUUUCAAGAAGGUAACUCAGACAUACAGACUCUGGUAGGAAUCUUGGUUAUAUUCUUUCUAACAACAUGGCUCUCGAUAAACAUAUAUCUCACAUUUGGCAUACACCGCUAUCCCUCAGAUUAGCACCUUCUGCCACUACCUCACAGUUAGGCAACAAAAACCCUAGUCUGUGCUCUUGUUCUCUCUCAUCUUGACUAUUGCAAGUCUUAUGUCGGGUUCACCAAAACACUUCUUAGAAACAUUACAAAAGGUUCAAAACUUAGCUGCUAGGCUAGUUCUAAAAGCAAAGAAACUAGAUUUGUCAUCCCACUUCUUCAUUCACUUCAUUUGCUCCAUGUACAUGUACAGUACUUUCUGUUCUCUGCCACAACUUUUACUUGAAUUCAUGCCCUUCCUAUCUAACUGAACUUCUCUGUCUAUUCACUCCUUUGACAGCUUUGCUCCUCCGUGGAUGCACAUAUCCUUUCUGUCCCCAAGAUUCGCACAAAAGCAUACAGUGGGCGAUAUUUCUCUUUCUGUGCCCCCCAAUGGAAUUCUCUUUCACUGUGCAUCCGCUAUAUAAAAUUACUACUAAUAAUAAUAUCAUCUUCACCAUUAAGGUAUGUUCCUAAUUUGAGGCUUAUACUAUUUUGAUUGCUUUCCAGACUUGACCAGUAUGCUUUGAUUAAGUACCCACUUACCACUGAGUCAGCCAUGAAGAAGAUAGAAGACAACAACACCCUGGUCUUUAUUGUUGACAAGCGUGCUAAUAAACCAAUGAUCAAGAUGGCCGUCAAGAAACUUUAUGACAUUGAUGUUUCUAAAGUCAACACACUUAUUAGGUUUGUUUUAGCGUUAAUUAUAGAUGGUAUACCCUUUAGUAGAGGGUUUGGUAAAAGGCAACUACUUCUAACUUUACAUGUGAAAUCAUGCUUGGCGCAUAAAAAUUCUCAUGGGGUUAGUUUGUAUUAACACUCAACACCCACAAUUUGUCCCAGGAAAAUGUUGCGUUACAUAGACCAUGGAUGUGUUGGGCUACUAUUAAUUUAUAAUAUUAAAUCUUGCCUAUUUAUUCAAAUGGGAUAUCAUUACUUCUCAAUAUAAAAAUCGUUAAAUUAUUGUUAAAGCAAGUUGCUGGGUCCCAAAAUUUGGAGAAUUGAUCCAUAGUAAUAUAGAACUAACAAUCUCGAACUUAAAAAAUUCAUGGCUCAGUUGAUUUAGGUUCAUUUUUAAAACUGAAAUAAAUAUGCUAAUAAAAUUAUUUUUUUUUACAGACCUGAUUGUGAGAAAAAAGCAUAUGUUCACCUAGCUUCCGACUAUGAUGCAUUGGAUGUAGCUAACAAGGUAGGAAUUUUGUGGAUGCAGCAGUGGAGCUCCUUUUUUAACAUGAAUAGAUUAUAUGGCCAUUACAAAGGGGCAACUUUUUUUUGUUAUAGUUUACGGGCUGCAUAUCUCUUAAUAAUACUUUAUAUUAUGUUAAAUUCCAUUAGAUUAUGAUGGUAGUCCUGAAAGUAGAAAAGCUAUAUAAUUUGUAAAGCGCAUAUUUAUGGAUAGCUGGUGAAAUAACAUUGGAGCUAGUUAUGGCUCUAUUUAUAGUGUUGGGGCUGAAUUUUACAGUGAGAAACUCAUUUCUUAUUUCUUUAAAAAUAACUUCCCUUGUGCUGUGUCAAGAAUACUGUGUUCAUUGUGCA